AUACACACUAUAUUGCCAAAGGUAUUGGGACACCCCUCCAGAUCAUUGGAUUCAGGCAUUCCAAUCACCCCUAUGGCUACAGGUUUAUAAAAUCAAGCACCUACAAUAGGCAUGUAUACUGCUUCUACAAACAUUUGUGAAAGAAUGGGUUGCUCUCAUGAGCUCAUUGAAUUCAAGAUUGGUAGCAUGAUAGGUUGCCACCUGUGCAAUAAGUCCAUCUGUGAAAUUUCCAUGCUACUAAAUGUUUCACAGUCAACUGUUAGUGCUAUUGUAACAAAGUGGAAGCAACUGGGAACAACAGCAACUCAGCCACGUAAAAUGACAGAGCAGGGUCAGAGCAUGCUGAAGCGCACAGUGCGCAGAAGUCGCCAACUGUCUGCGGGGUCAAUAGCUAAAUACCUCCAAACUCUGUGUGGAAUUCAGAUUAGCAAAACAGUGUGUAGAGAGCUUCAUGGAAUGGGUUUCCAUGGUCAA